AGGAUGAAAAGUUGAGGCUGUACCGAGGGGAGGAGAGCCAAUUUCCCAAGGCAGUGAAAAGACCUUAAACGCCAGCCCUAAUAAGGGAGUCUAUAUGUGAUGUUUUACGCACGUCAGUUGAAUCCCAGCCUUGGCCCUUCCAGACGUAACUCCAUCCUGAUCGUCAACUGCCUGUCGGUGGUGGGGGCAACCCUGAUGGUGGUGUCCAAAGUCAGCGAAUCCUUUGAGACUCUGAUCCUGGGCAGGCUGCUUUUCGGUCUCUUCUGCGGCCUGGUGAUGAGCCUUAACCCGCUGUACAUCCAGGAGGUGUCGCCCACCCUGCUGAGGGGCGCUUUCGCCACCCUCAACCAGGUGGCCUUCGCUUCGGGAAUCCUGCUCGGCAUGGUGUCGGGACUGGAGACCAUGCUGGGCACCAAAGAACUUUGGCCCAUGAUGAUGUCUCUGUCCCUGAUCCCGGCGCUGGUGCAGUACCUCGUCAUGCCUUUCUGCCCCGAGAGCCCUCGCUACCUGCUCAUCAACAAGGGGCAGGAGGACGAGGCCGACGCUGGUAGGACAACCCUAACUUUUAGCCCUAUUCUUCACCUGAAAGCCCAAUCCUGGCUCUCAAAACCUUACCCAGCUUCAAAUCAUCAUUUUAUGAAAUUAAAAACUCUUCGCAUUUCAAAUUUGGAACCCUAUUUGAAACCGUAAACCAGGCUUGAAGCUCUAAAUUGAACAGCUAACUGUUGGUUGGGAAUCCUAACGCAUAUUUGAAACCUUAAUUUGAAACCAUAACCCCAGUUUAACCUAUUUCUAAGGGUUCAAACCUAACUUAAAAGCCCAAACCCAGUUUGAAAAACCUCAUUUGAAGCCCUAACUGUGGCCUGGAGCCAUAAUUUGAAACAUUAACUCUAGUU